GGGCAGAUGAUGAGGAAAAUGCAAUGAUGGUGUCCUCUACUGUCCUAACGAUUCAGUUUUCUUCUCACAUCUGGCAUUCUGCACAACGAGAAAUUAAAUAACCUCUACACAGCCACUAAAGAAACAUACAAAAAUGGCAAUUACCAAGCAGUUCAAUGCAAUGACAAAGAUAGGCACCACAAUUUCCUCCGCACCACACAAUAUUUUCUUCCCCGGUGAACAAAACCAUUUGCCGUUCGUCUCCGGUGAACAAAACCAUUUUAUUUCCGGGAGUUGCGCCACACGUAUCAAGAUUCAAGAAACCAAUCGAGUCCAGCUAGCAAGCUGAUCGAUACCGUGGCGCAUACAUGCAAGAGGAGAGGGCCUCGAGCAGCAGCAUGGACUCGUCGGAGCUGAGGAGGGUGUUCCAGAUGUUCGACAAGAACGGCGACGGGCAGAUCACCAAGAAGGAGCUGGGCGAGUCGCUCCGGAACCUCGGCAUCUACAUCCCCGACGACGAGCUCGACGCCACCAUGGGCAAGAUCGACGCCAACGGCGACGGCUGCGUGGACGUCGAGGAGUUCGGCAUGCUCUACCGCUCCAUCGUCGGCGAGGGCCAGGGCGCCGACGGCGCCAAGCGCGACGAGGAGGAGGACAUGCGGGAGGCGUUCAACGUCUUCGACCAGAACGGCGACGGCUACAUCACCGUCGACGAGCUGCGCUCCGUGCUGGCCAGCCUCGGCCUCAAGCAGGGCCGCACGGCCGAGGACUGCCGCAAGAUGAUCAGCAAGGUCGACGGCGACGGCGACGGCCGCGUCGACUUCACGGAGUUCAAGCAGAUGAUGCGCGGCGGAGGGUUCGCCGCGCUAGGUAGGUGAUCGGAGGAUGGUCUUCCUGGCAUUGUAGAUAUUCGAUUAACAGCUUCGACGUGGUAAUGUGGCAAAAUCUGAUUGCACGUGUGAAUUAAUUCUUUUUAUAUUUGGCUAAUUCAUCGAUGUUUCUGUAAUUCUUUUUG